AGUACCAUUUAAAUAGCAAAAUGAUAACCCCCUAAGCUUUAGAAGCUUAAACUUUAAAAGUGAAACUGUCGCACGCCAUUUUAACAUUUUUAAGAUAAUACUGGACUUGGUUUUACCCAAGCAAAAGAAUGUAGCCUACCAGGCAAUAAUUUGGGCAUCCUUAUCCGGAUGUUAUGAUCGAACAAGGAGGAAAUAAACUGUUAUAAUUUCGAGCUAUUUCUUUUCGAGUAGUUAGCGAGGAAUCGUCUUGCUAAAAUAGUCUGUCGUCGACAGUUAGCGUAAACAGCCUGCCUGGAAAUACCGGGCUUCAGUGUAGUCAUGGCCGAUGAAAACACUCAGUUUUGUGGUAACUGCAAACAUGACAUCCCAGAGGCAAACUUUACUACCCAUGAGAUUCACUGUCGAAGAAACAUUGCACUAUGUGAUGUGUGCCAGGAGCCAGUGCCCCGGUCAGACCUUCAGGAGCACAAGCUACAGGAACAUACACAGAUUACAUGCAAGUGUGGAUUGAAAAUUGAGAAGAAUCACAUUGAGGCUCACCAGAGCUCUGAGUGCUCUCAGCGACUGGUCCCAUGCCAAUACUGUGAACUGGAGCUUGUUUUCAGUCAGUCCAAAGUCCACGAGGAAUAUUGUGGUACACGCACUGAGCCUUGCCCUCGGUGCAAGUGCAAUAUAAUGCUGCGAGAACAAGCUGUGCAUCCAGUCUUAUGUGGAAGCCACACACCACCCCAAGAAAGGAACAACAGUCGGAUGAGUCGCAGCAGCCCAGUAGAACAACAGUCUUCAGAUGCAUGGUUUGAAGCCCACUCCAUCCGAAACCUCAUAAGAGCCCAGGAAAGAGGCCCUAAGAUUAAUAAUUUCAGUGCCGCAGAACAGCAGUCUUUUCCUCUGCCAUUUGACCCCUCAACUUACAACACUUCAAGAGGAUAUCAGGCCUCAGGAGACUGGAAGAAUACUACACCUCAGAACACAGCAUUUAGCCCUUUCCUGGAGCGGGGGGAUUUUCUUCGUGGCAGCAGUGCAUGGCCACGCACUGAGCAGCCAUUAGAUGAGGAUUCCUCAGGCCUCGACUACAUGUUGGCUCUCAGCCUGCAGAGUGAUGGAGAAUCUGUAGCUGGAGGUCUGGAGGGCAACAUGUGGAGUGAUGUCUGGGACCACAAGAUUGGGAAGACUAACACAUCUGUAUAUCCUUCAUUCUUUCCAACUAACAACAACUACCCAAACUUCACUGAAGGGACAAGCCCAGGUGCUGUUCAGGACCAUGAUCAAACAGAAACCAUGCUGCCAUGUGAGUUUUGUGAAGAGCUGUUUCCAGAAGAGGACCUCAUUUUGCAUCAGACUGGGUGCAGCCCUGCCUCUGCCUUUGCAUCUUUUAGCAAGCAGCCCUCUUCUCCACCCAAAGAGGACAGGAUGAGUAGGAACACAUCAGGACUAAUGCAAAGCCUUCCGAACACACUUGCAUCUAACAUUCCCACCUUCCCUCGGUCAGUCUCCCCAGCUUCCUACAGUCCCCCAGCCAGUCCACUAGAGGGCGAUGUUGUUAUUCCAUGUGAGUUCUGUGGUGUGGCUUUAGAGGAGGCUGUUGUCUUUCACCAUCAGGACAAAUGUGACAUGCGCCCUGACACUUUGCACCCACUGAAUAAUACAGCUAAGCCACCCAUCAAAAAAUCACUGAGCCCUUCUAAAGACACCUUUGGGCAGGUGUCUCCAGAUUUUCCGAGAAGAAUUAAGCACCAGGCUGACUUCUUAGAUGAGGACUCUGGAUUUGACCGGAGCAUGCAAUCAGGAUCCAAUGUAAGAGGAUGGCAGAGAAGCUACACUGGAGCUCAGAAUCAGAGGAAGAUGCCUAACUCUGAUGUCUCUGUAAAAAACGAACCUGAGCAGGGCAGGGCAGAAGAGAAACUGUGUGACACUGACACGCCUGGUUCUGCAUCAUUAAAGGGAUUUCAUAUUCCGGAAAACAAAGAAGGGAGAGGAAACAGAAUAAAACCAGCAACAAAGUUGCCCAAGAAGCAGAAUGAAGAGCAAGAAGAAGAAUAAGAGCCAGAGCUUGUGGAAAAAUAGAAAAACCAAACCUCCAACUCUGCUUUUCAUUUAUCUUUUUUGCACAUUUUUAAAAUCUAAAACGUAUAACGAUCUGAUAAGUGCCUGUGGGACCUUUAGUAUCUUGCAGUUUAUAUUCUGAUUCAUUUUAACAUCAGUGUCUAAGCAAGAAAUUUGAUUUAUACUCAUUUAUUCAGCUUAAUGUCAACUUUUGCUUCAAUAUUUGUAUCUUCAACUGUUUAGCCUGAACUAAAAACAUUUACGAUAAAUUUUAUUUGCAUUGACAGAUGUUAAACUAAAUGAGUCAUGGUUUAUUACAGGACAGAAAAACACACAUAACUUUGAUAAUGUGUUUCUGUUAAACUUGAUCUUUACCUUGUCACUGCUGCCAAGGAUUUUUUUUACCCUAGUUUUAAAGUUCCUUCUGUGUUUCUUUUUUUCCCUCUUAGUUUCUGCAACAUUAUGUAACAAAUAGCACUUUCAUGAAUUAUUUUGUUAAAAAGGGCUUGAGGAACAGAUUAGAUAUGUUUUUGCAUCUUUGACAAAGAAAAAAAGUGUUACUGACCUUUUAACUCCCCUUUUUUAUACUGUUGAAUAUUUCUCUUUAACAAUUUUCUGUAACUACUUCCUAGUACUUUAAAAGAAAUCAGUCUAUAGUGUAUGUUGUGUUUAUUAUAUUGAGGUGACUUUAAAAGCAGUGUAUCCUGUGUAAUAUUCUUUCAAGUAGUGUGAAAAUUUUUGUUGUUUCUUUGAAUCAAAUUUAAGGUUGAUGAGAUAUAUUUUUUGUGUAACUCUUAAGGAAUGCAUAAUAAAUAGGGAGCCACAAAUGGCUGAAUAUGCAAAUUCUGCUUUUCAGAUUAACACCUCAAAGCUGAGUAGCUCAUCAGUGAGACCACCUGCUGCGGAGUUGGAUUUGAGGCAGUUGUGGCAUGCAGCUGACUAUUUGUGUAAAAGAACAACUUGUGAUGUCCUUGAUCUGGUGUGAUGAUUAAAUGUUUAAAUGUA